AUGGCGGUGAAAGAGGAGGAGAGGAGGAAAAAGGCGGAGGAGAAGCAGAGGAAGGAGGAGGAGAGGAAGAGGAAGGAAGAGAAGAAGAGGAGGAAGGAGGAGGAGAGAGCGAAGAAGGAAGAGAGGAAGAGGAAGAAGGAGGAAGAGAAAGCGAGAAAGGCUGCAAAGAAGAAGCGGAAGGGGGAAGGUGAUGUGGGGGCGGAGGUGGGAGCGGAAGGGGAGGAGGGAGCAGGAGGAGAGGGGGAGGGGGAGGGGGAAGGGGAGGGGAAGAAGCGAGGGCGGCAAGGGAAGGGUGUUAAAGAGGAGGAGGGUGAGGAAAGGGCAAAGAAGAGCAGGGAGGAGGAGAGAGAAGAGGAGGAGGCAGAAGAGGAAGAAGAGGAGAGUGAGGAGGAGGAAGAGGAGGAAGAGAGCGAAGAAGAGGAGGAGGAGGAAGAAGAGAGUGAAGAAGAGGAGGAGGAGGAAGAGGAGGCUCCAGAAGCGGAACUAGCCAAUCCGGCGUCAGAAUCAUGGCUCCUCAAAAGCUCCAAAUCCCCCUGGGCAGGCAAAAAAGAGGAACCCAAGGCUGAGCUGACCGAGGAGCAAAAAAAAUACGCGGAGGAGCACGCUUUGAAAAAAGCCAAGAAGGAGAGAGGAGACAAGGAGGAGGUGGAAGAAAAGAGCACGUUCCAUGGGAAGCAGGAGAAGGACUAUCAGGGUCGCUCGUGGAUUGCACCGCCUAAAGACGCCCUUAAUCCCGUGCCGCCCACGCAUUGCUAUAUUCCGAAGCGGUGGAUUCACACGUGGAGCGGGCAUACUAAGGGCGUCAGUGCUAUCCGGUUCUUCCCCAAGUACGGCCAUCUACUGCUGUCUGCAUCAAUGGACACCAAGAUCAAGAUCUGGGACGUGCCCAACACGCAGAAGUGCAUGCGCACCUACAUGGGUCACUCCAAGGCCGUUCGAGACAUUUGCUUUGCGAACGACGGGCUGAAAUUCGUCUCGUGCGGUUACGACCGUAACAUCAAGCUCUGGGACACCGAGACCGGGCAGGUCACGGGGACGUUUUCCACGGGUAAAAUACCCUACGUGGUGAAAUUACACCCCGACGACGACAAGCAGAACAUUCUGCUGGCGGGGAUGAGCGACAAGAAGAUCAUGCAGUGGGACACGCGUGAGCCGCACAUGCACUCUAUGCCAGCCAUAGCAGUGCAUCCCAACAAGGCGUGGGUGGCAGCUCAAUCCCUGGACAACCAGAUCAUCGUAUACGGUGCUAAGGACCGGUUCCGGCUCAACAGGAAGAAGCGUUUCGCAGGCCACAUCAUUGCAGGAUACGCCUGCCAGGUGAACUUUUCCCCCGAUGGCCGGUUCAUAAUGUCAGGGGACGGAGAGGGCAAGCUGUGGUUUUGGGACUGGAAGACAUGCAAGGUGUUCCGCACAGUCAAGUGCCACGACUCAGUGUGCAUCGGGUGUGAAUGGCACCCCCUGGAGACCAGCAAGGUGGCCACGUGCGGCUGGGAUGGGCUCAUCAAAUACUGGGAUUGA